GUGUGUCAGUGUGUGUGUGUGUGUGUGUGUGUGUGUGUGUGUGUCAGUGUGGGUUAUUCACAGUGCUGCUAUGCAGACUGACUGGAGCCACGCUCAGACAGCUCCACUGUAACCCCAGAGCUCACAGCUCUGAGGCACAGAGAGAAACCUUACAGCCGAGGGGAAAGCUCCCUGGGCAAGUCUCGAACCAGAGGGAGGACUCGUGCGCACGAGCAGAUGUUACACAGCUUUGUGUACUAAUGUGGAUUAUUCAGGAUGCUGCUAUGCAGACAGAGUGGAGCCGCAGAGGAUCUGCUGCUAGAGUUGGAGUAACACUCAGUUCUGUCGGUGCAGUUGAUCAGCUUGUGUUACACUGUUGGCAGCUGGAGGUCUGUCAGGAAGGAAGGGUUUUUAACACUCAUACUGGUUAAGUAUGGCUACAUUAUGAGUUGGAAACACUUACAUAGACUUGGACCAAACGUUGUGUCUGAAAUACAAAAAGUCCCCUUUUUCUGACUGAGAUGAAGCCAAUGCUUCCAGCAGGUAAAGCUUCUGAAAGAUGGCAGUGAGACUUUGUGGAAUUGAAACAGUUUUGAAGGCUUUGCAUUUUACACACGUAGCUUAGCAUUCUGCAUAGUUGGAACUAGAUUUGUUGUUAAAAUUUCACUUCAAAGCUUGUAAGUUACACUAAUUGUUGGGAAAUGAAGAACCCUCAUCCGCUGAGUAACACCUGGAGUAGAUCCAUUAACAAGGACCCGGUGCUGAUCUCUGUGCCAGGCACUACCAAGAAGUUCAAGAGGAAGUCUCGGGAGCCUAAAAGGCUUUACAGCGGCCCUGAGCCUGACACGGGGACAACCUACACUGAGAACCUGUCGGAUGUGAACUCGCUGGAUGACACCCAGGCAGAGGGGUGUGAUGUCAGCAGGUCGGCUCCUCUACAGAGACAGCUGAUGAUGUCACAGGAGGGGAUGGCCAGUACUGCAGGGAUUCUGUCCGGACUACCAGAGGGCAGCAUGGCUCCAGCUCAGAGCAGCGCCAUAGACAUGAGAAUUGGCAUCAACGUGCCUGCCAAACUGUCCCGGUUACCAGCCUCUCCGUUCUCCAACUCUGAGAUCUCCCACUGGCCCACCGCCAUCUCCCAGCCUCUGUCCAACAGGCUCAAAGUGGGCCUCCGCUCCGCUUUCCCUCUGUCGACAUCAUCCAGCAGCAGCCACGGACAUUCUCCCAACCACCAGGCCUUCUCCCUGGAGCCCCACACCUCAGCGCUGCCUGUCCCCAGAGCCUGUCCCCAGACCUCCCAGUGUUACGAGUAUGGGGAGCCCGAUGACCAGUCCCCUAAGGAGUCUCCCAGGAAGCGGGUCGGGGUGGGUGCUGAUGGACCUGGGCGUCUCCCAGAGGUCAAAGCCGUUCAGCAGACCAGGAGGCUUCUAGCCAACGCCCGAGAGAGGACGCGUGUCCACACCAUCAGUGCUGCGUUCGAGGCCCUGAGGAAGCAGGUGCCAUGUUACUCCUAUGGGCAGAAGCUAUCCAAGCUGGCAAUAUUACGUAUAGCCUGCAACUACAUCCUGUCCCUGGCUCAGUUGGCUGACCUGGACUACGGUCCGGACCACAGCAGUCUGAACUUCUCUCAGUGUGUGGAGCAGUGCACCAGGACCCUGCAGGCCGAGGGCAGGAGCAAGAAGAGGAAGGAGUGACGCCGAUAGCAGUGGACCGGUCCAACAUGAUAACCUCCGACAAAGCUAAGAGGAUGCAGACUGGAAUGGACAGAUGAAGAUAACGAAAGAGUGAAAAGGAUGAACUUUUUUUCCAUCACUCAUUAGUAACUAACAUCAAUACCUGACUCUGAGGUGGAAUGAUGGAGUUCUGUGCGUAAAGGCCCACGAACAACAACCGACUUAAAGACAGAGAUGAAAAAAGGGACUUCAAAGAUCAGCCCACAGAAUCCCUCUGCAAUAAACUCUGCUCAACUCAACAUACAGCUGCACACAUUACACUACUGUGCUCCAAUUCUGAGGCACCGUGGCUUUGUCAGUAUGUAUGUAAGAAUGUAUUUCCUGGCAACGCUCACUUUUGAGCUGGUAAAAACCAUCACGAGCAUGAAGCUCAUCUGGUCGCAGGUUUAAAAAGCUCUAAAACAACGUCAGUUUAAUGAGGAUAAAACAUUCAGCUCAUUCAUUAAGCCGUUUUAAUGGUAGAUGUUUUAUAGUUCAUAAUCCUGUUAUAUUUCAAAAUAUGCAAAUCAUGUUUA